AUGUCUACGAACAUUAUUCCCCGUCCUCAAAAGCUGAGAAAGAUGGCUAAAAAGAAGCCGCAAGCCGCUCAGGCUGUUCAGGCCACUCAGACCACUAAUACUUCGAUGUCCAACUCGAGGACUGGGGAGGAUCAGACAGAUCAGUCGAAGCUGGCAGACCGCCGCUUCGUCACCGACAAAGAAUACCCACCUCGAUUCAGUCUGAAAGAUAUUGAGGUCGAGAUCGGCACCUGGAUGUGUUUCGCCGGCCGCGAGGACACCCUUCUACUUUCAAUCCAUGGAGCCUGCAUCACGGCAAAUAACGUGCCAUGCUCCUCCUUCGGAUUGUACUAUGGUCUCCAUAACUUGCACAAUGUCUCUCAUGCCAUCAGCGGCAAAACUCAUACAAACCAGACCGCCAUCUUGACUGCUUGCCUCCGGGCCCUGCGCAAUGCGACUUUCAUUAUGGAUGAGCGACUGAAGAUGGCUAGCAGUAGGAAAGACCUGGCGCCUCUGCGGACCUUCAUUAUCAAGACUGAUUCUGAAUACCUGGUUCGUGGCAUCACCGAAUGGCUGCCUAAAUGGAAGGAGGCUGGAUGGAAGACUUGCAAGGGUGUUACUAUUGCCAAUGCUGACUUGUUUCAGCUGGUGGAGGCUGGCAUUGUUGUGUUGGAGAGAGUUGUUGAGGUCAAGUUCUGGCUUGUGCCCAAGGAGAACAACCAGGAGGCUGAGAGUCUGGCCAAAUGGGCUAUUGUGCACUGA